AUGAGUUUUACUUUGAUACGUGGUUUUUAUUCCAUAAAUCAUAUUGUUGAUUCAUUUUUAAUUAGUUCAAAUUUUCUUGGUGGUCCAUCAUCGAAAACAAUGAUAUCUAUGACUGGUGGAACUACUACUAUUCAACCAGUAUUUUCAAUAAAUCCUUCACAAACAUCAACAGGUUUAACUGGUUCUGAACAUUAUAAAAUUGAACGUAUCGUAGCCUUAGUCAUGCUUGCUAUCAUUCCAGGUUCAUUUGUAUUUAAUUCAGUGUUUAUGAAUUAUUUAUUGGCUGUUUCAAUUGCCAUUCAUGCACAUUGGGGAAUGGAUGCAGUAUUAAUUGAUUACUGUCCAAGAAAAGCAUUACCAUUAGCUAAUAUUAUUCGAUAUGUACUUACAACGAUUGCAUUUGUUGGACUUUGUUAUUUUAAUUAUAAUGAUAUGGGUUUAAUAAAAGCAUUGAAAACACUAUGGACUAUGUAUUAA